AUGGAGGAUCAGUGGAUGCCAUUGUGCCCUUGGACGACGACACGCUACUCACAGCCUGCUCUGAUGGGCUCAUCCGAGUUGUCUCUGUCUUCCCCAACCGCUUUCUCGAUGUUGUCGGAUCGCACACCGAUGCUGCUGUGGAGGCACUGGAUGAUGAAUUUAAUUGUUGGAGGCGUCUCUGUCUUCCCCAACCGCUUUCUGGAUGUCGUCGGCUCGCACACCGAUGCUGCUGUGGAGGCACUGGAGAUAGUGACUCUGACAGCAGUGAUGACGACGGAGGCAAGGGAGGGAGGAAAAGACGGAGGUCUCCCAACCGUCGUGGGAAUUUCAAGGCGCGUGGAUCGGCAAUGGCUGAUUUCUUCAGGGACAUUGAAUGACGUGGCUCCACAUUUUAUGUACGGCUUCUCCCGUCCCCUCCGCUCCCGGCGCCGCGAAAUCCGCUACAAGGCCAUCCUCGAGACGCGCAGGCCCGAUAUACAUCCUAGUGCUGCCGAUCGUGUUCUUUUUAGGGAUUAUGACAGGAGGUUGGACGUGCCAGCGUGGCUAUUGGCAGAGAAUUCGAAGGUAGAUUUUGUCGUCCAGGCGGCCAAUAAGAUUACAGAUAACACUGCUGGUAAUGACGCUCGGACUAAAUCUGCCGUGGAAUCCUCGCCGUCCAUUAAGGCUAAUGUUUCUGAUCAGCUAGAUCCAGACUUCUUGCUUCGAUAUAAGGCAGGGAGAGUAGGCCUUACUGAGGCGUCUAUACAAACCCCGAAACUGGCCUUUCUGUUCAUGACACGUGGCCGUUUGCCAUUGGCUCCCUUUUGGGAACGGUUCUUCAAUGGCCGUGAAGGUUUCUUCUCAAUCUACAUCCACACGGCUCGCGAGUUUCGAUAUAAGCCAGGGGAGCUUCAAUCCGCGUUUGAAGGCGCACACAUACCAAGUCAAGACGUGCACUGGGGUGAAAUCAGCAUGGUGGACGCAGAGAGGCGUCUGCUAGCCAACGCCCUCCUGGACCCUGGCAAUGCACGCUUCAUCCUCGUUUCAGAGUCCUGCGCUCCCCUCUUUAACUUCACAUUUGUUUACGAGUACCUCAUGGCCUCGUCCGAAGCAUACGUUCGUUUGAAGAACGAGCCGGGGGCAAACGGGCAGGGGAGGUGGCGGAGGGAGUUUCUGCCUCUGGUCCGGUUGGAAGAUUGGAGGAAGGGAGGGCAGUGGUUUGCCAUGGAUAGAGAAGCGGCGAGGGUUAUUGUCGCGGACGAUAUUUUCUAUCCUCUUUUUAAGCGGUUCUGCCGGCCACCGUGUUACGCGGACGAGCACUACAUGCCGUCGAUGCUGAAAGUGCUUAUGCCGGGAAAUGUGGCCAAUAGGACGGUUACUUGGACGGAUUGGUCUAAGCCUGGUGCUGCGCAUCCUGCGCAGUUUGGUGCGGGCCAGGUGACGGAGAAGCUUAUAGAGAGGAUGAGAGGGCCUCGGAGCUGUAGAGUAGCUGAUGAGAGCGUUCCUUGUUUUCUGUUUGCCCGGAAAUUGAUGCAGGGUGCUUUGACAGAUUUGCUUCGGCUGGCUGAUUACAUGGGGAUGUGA